CCUUCAAGCCCUCACCCAAUCAGUACCUCACUGACUCUCUCUCUCUCUCUCUCUCUCUCUUUCUAUUUUCUGUUUGUUUCUAGGGAAAAUUAGAAAAAGAAAAUGGGUGUGGUGAGUGUUUCUACUUGCAUUGCCACUCUACUAAUCUCGCUAAUGUGGGUGGCUGAAGCAAGAAUUCCGGGCGUCUACACCGGUGGCGCAUGGCAAGGCGCUCAUGCCACCUUCUACGGUGGCUCCGACGCCUCCGGAACCAUGGGUGGGGCUUGUGGAUAUGGAAAUCUAUACAGCCAAGGGUACGGAGUUAACACCGGAGCCCUGAGCACGGCACUGUUCAACAAUGGCCUCAGCUGCGGAGCCUGCUUUGAGAUCAAGUGCUCAAACGACCCCAGAUGGUGCCACUCUGGAAGUCCAUCAAUUUUCAUCACUGCCACUAACUUUUGCCCUCCCAAUUUUGCCCAACCAAGUGACAAUGGCGGAUGGUGCAACCCUCCUAGGCCCCACUUCGACCUCGCCAUGCCCAUGUUCCUCAAGAUUGCCGAGUACAGAGCUGGGAUCGUCCCUGUUGCCUACCGUAGGGUGCCGUGCCGGAAGCGGGGAGGAAUCAGGUUCACGAUCAACGGCUUCCGUUACUUCAACCUGGUUCUGAUCAGCAACGUCGCGGGCGCAGGGGAUAUCGUGCGGGUCAGCGUGAAAGGCGCCAGGACUGGCUGGAUGAGCAUGAGCCGCAACUGGGGCCAGAACUGGCAGUCGAACUCCGUUUUGGUUGGUCAGUCGCUGUCCUUCCGGGUCACAGGCAGUGACCGACGCACCUCCACCUCCUGGAACAUCGUCCCGGCCAACUGGCAGUUCGGUCAAACAUUCACCGGCAAGAACUUCAGAGUCUGAAAAACCAACCCCAAAAGUCAACAUAUUUUUUAUGAUUUUCCCGCCACUUUAAAGAUUUUUCUACUAGAUGCUGUUUUUGACUAGGGGUGUUGGAGAAUGUGAGAGUGCUUCAGGGGCAAGUUUGACUUUUUGUUUGGUGGGAUUUGGUGUGACUUUUGUGAGUGGUUGUGAUGUGUAGUAAUAUGGGUAUAACAAAGUAACUAAGUGAAAGGGGUAAUUUGGGAAUUAAAUUUGUAGGAGGAGGAGAGGUUGAGGCGGCUGCAGAGAAUUUGUAGCCCGCACCAUAUUAAUAUUUUGCUAAAAUUAAAGUUGUAAUAUAUUCAUAUCCUCAUUAUAUAUUUAUAUAUGCAUGAGAUGUGUAUUUGUAGUAA